AUGUCUCCGCAAGACACCUCCGGUCGCCUGGAGGACAGACCCGAAGGCUUGUCCAAGUACCUCAAGCGCAUGAAAACCGUCCUUCGUCCACGAUCAAGCUCGAAGCGACAAUCUCUCGCCAGUCCUCCUGAGGUCGGCCAGUCGAUCACAGCAACUGCUCCUGCGCCCUCAACUCCAGCCCCGGCUCGCAAAUCUACAGGCGCGACCAAGCCCGUCAUGCUGACCGACUACAGCGUGCUGCAGCAGGAAAAGGCACGGGUUCUCUUCGCUAAAUACGGCCUGACUCUCGAACCGGGCGAGUGGAAAUCACCCACAGAUCUACAGCUCACACGGGUGACCAAACCCAUCCGCAUGCGAGUCCGCCGCACCUGCCACCGCUGCGAAACCACCUUCGGCCCGGAGAAGGUCUGCGUCAAUUGCCAACACGCACGUUGCAAGAAAUGUCCGCGCUUCCCGCCCACUCGCCCCAAGGAUGAAGACCCGCCCAUCCCCAAGCCCAAGAUCCCUGAGAUCCGGGCCCGCCAGCGCGGCGUGCUGCCCAUGACGCCGCAUCUCAUGUUCACUGGCGAUCCGACCGGGCCGUUGGUCCUGCCCUCGCGCACUGGCGGCCAGGAUUUCGUGCGCAAGACCGUCCGCCAACGGGUUCAUCGCACAUGUCACCUAUGCGAGACGCAAUUUCCAUUGGGGAUCAAAGAGUGUGAGAAGUGUCAACAUCUCCGCUGCAAGCGAUGUCCCCGCCAACCACCCAAGCUCGAUAAAUACCCCGAUGGCUACCCCGGCGAUGUCGAUCCGCCGAAACUUAAACCCGAUCGCACAUUUAAAAAGCCGCGGCGUCGAGUCCAUUACAUAUGUCAUGUCUGUUCAACCACAUAUCAUGACGGAGCAUCGACAUGUUCGAAAUGCGGGCAAGCGAAAUGUGCCGAAACUAUACGAAUUCCACCAAAAAAGAUUAAACACGAACCCGAUCCCCAAGUCGUCCGCAGCAUGGAAGACAAACUUUCGGCCCUGGCGAUCAAGGAAUGA